AUGAUUUCAGAUUUAAUUAAUUUUAUUUAAAUUUAUGUAAAUAUAAUGGCACAAAAAGUGAACAAUAUAAACUAUUGCUAAUAUAUGUAUAUUUUAAGAAAUUCUCACUCAAUUUCAUUUUCUUCAAACUUUAAUUUUCUUCCAAUGAAAAACUAUGUAGUCAACUGACUAACUAAAUUCCUUUAUUAAGUUAAAUAACUGCGACGUUUUGACCAUGGAAUUUCGUCCUUUUCAUGUGAUUAAUUAAUUACACAAAUUAAUUAAUUGCGAGACUACAAUCGUUAAAAAAUCCUUGGCAGCGAAUUUACAAACAAUUCUAAAAUUACAAAGGGCACAAAUAUAAAAAAUAUAAAUCUAUUAACUCAAUUUUCUUCGACUUCGUUUUAUCUCUUUCACUGAAAGGUCAAUAAAACAAAGGCUGAGGCUACUUUUCCUUUCUACCUUUGAGACAUUCAAUUACGUUUAGCGUGUUUUUGGAUUUAAUUAGUUUCACGCGACGCCUUUUUAUUCGUGUUUUCAGGUUAGAUAAAUGGUGUGAGCCCAGCGCAAGCCAUGUACAAUCUGAACGUGAACGUGAAUCCCAGCCCGACCGGCGCCGCGGGUCUUCUCGGUGUCACGGCGGCGGCCGAGGUCACGCCAAGGACACCGGAAAUUGUAAAUUCGCUGAUCGCCAUGACCAAUCCCUUCGAGGGCUACGGCAGCGGUAACGAGAAGAGCAUGCGGGACCGUACGGACUCGACCAGCAGUGGUGAACCAAGUCCGCCAAGUGUCCAGCACACGUGUAGUCAGCUUAUCAAGGAAGGGCUGAAGCUAACGCUGCAGACGAAGAGGCGGGCACACAGUAGUGGUGACGACGGCAAGAAGAAGACGAGGAAAGAAGACGGUAGCGGCGCCGACGACGAAGAAGAGGACGAAGCGAGCAACAACAACAACAAGACUGGCCUGACGCCGGAGGACGAGGAGCGACGUAGGCGGCGGCGCGAGCGCAACAAGAUCGCGGCGACCAAGUGCCGGCUGAAGAAGCGCGAGAAAACGGUGAUCCUCGUGCAGGAAUCCGAAAUCCUCGAGACCCAAAACCACGACCUGAAGUCUCAGAUCCAAGAGCUGGAGACCCAGAGGCGCAGGCUGGUCGACAUGCUGAGCCUCCACGGUCCGACCUGCCUGAAGCAGGGUGUGGACGUGGCGUCGUACCAACAGUUCGCCGAGCCCCUUCAUCUGCCCAGCUAUCAGGAUUUUGCGCAACAGCAACCCCCGCCCGCCCUGAAUCAGCCACAGAACUGCAUCACCGAGUAUCCGGUGAAGGUCGAGGAGUACGAGACCGAUUUCUACCGGCAGGGUAGCCCCUACGUGCCGACAACAUCGGAUGCCGGUUGCACGGUUUAGCGAUACGGCGAAAAUCGUUUUUUCUUCGUCAUCUCGAGGGAGAGGAGGAUCGCUGAGAAGCUCGGACCGCGUGUCUAAUAAGUUAAAGAUCCUUGGAAUAUCAGAGACAAUCUUAUUAACGUUAAUUCAAUUUUAUCGUGAUAUACAAUUUUAAAAGAUAUCUAAAAGAUGUUUAAGGAUAUUUUAAAAAAUCAUUUUAUUCUACGGACAAAUAGAGAAAUAUUGCCAAAGAUUGAAAAUUAUAUGAUAAAUGUUAAUUGACGUUGCUGAAAUUGAUUUUUCACGCAUCCAAUUUUUAAGAUUUGUAAUUUUUCGAUUCAGUUUUUUUUUUUAAUCGCUUUGUGCUCGCGAAAUAAAUCAUUGUUACGAAGCUUUUAAUUGUAAUUCGAAAGCCAUAAGGAAACAUUCAAAAGAAAUUUUUUAUACAUAUGUAAUAUAAAUACAUAUAUCAGUACAUAUUUUUUUCUAUAUUACAUAUUUUAUAAAGUUUGCAUAUCAGAAUUUUAGUCUACGUUUUAUGAAUUUUAGUUAUUAAUUAUGUAGAAUAUUAUACAAAAGCUUUAUUUUUGAAUGUGUAUUUUGAGAGGUAUACCUGCUCGACGAAAAGGCGGCGUCAGGAUGCCAAUAAUGGCAGGAUUAUAUGCAUUCCAUAUACAAGAUAUCGGAGAACCGAGGGAAAGUGAUUUUGUUGAUUGUCUUCAAUUUUUACUUCGUUAAUUUUUGUAAUUUAAUUCUUAACUUUUUAACUUUCUAAACCAGCAGUCCGAGCUUCUCAUUGUUCGUCUCGCCCGAUCGUAUAAGUCCAUAGCUUGUAAGUCGAUUAUUAUAUCGUAAACCGCGAACAAUGAUUUUUACCUUUCGUCUUCCUCCUCGUUCUUCCCUUCCUUCUUUUCCUCGUUUCACUUUUUCCUUUCUCCCUUUUUUUCUAACGAAUUCUUGUUAUACUCGAAAAACGUUCGACGCAGAGAACGCUUGAAGACAUUCCUUCGUAAUAACCGUACUGUGACAUUCUCUUAUAAGGCCUUUAAUUAAUAAUAUAAUUGAUAAUGUAAGAUAAAGACGGACUGUCCAGCGAUGCUUGCUCUUUUACACGAAUUAUUAUUACUAUCUAGAAUAAAAUUAUAUUAUCUAAUAAAAAUUAUUGAAUUGCAAUAUAUUAACAAAAAAGUUUCAUUUGUGAUAAAUAUAUUAUUAAUUUUAAUUAUGUUAAUUACACUAUUAAUUUUUUUUAUUCUCUCGAAACUGAUUUAUUACUAAUUUUUGUUAAUUAAAAUUGCUUCUCUAUUAGUAAUAACGAGACUUUGAUAGAACCUGCUUCUAUAUUUUUCAACGUAUUUGGACCGGUGAAUACAUUAGUCUCUUUGUUUAUUUCCUUUUUUAUGCUUGUCGAUGAAAAAACUAGUAAGACAAGUAAACAUCGCUAAAAGAUACUCCGUCAUUAAAUAAUAAGCGAAAAUCGAGACACCGCGUCGAAUAUUCGAUGACAAUUGGAGAGAAUUAUUUUCAAAUCGCUUUAAAAUCGCACCUCUUGAGAAAACUAGGAAAAAUGUUAAGAUUCUCGAUGUGGAAUUUACGAAUCGGAUAAUUUGUUGGAGAUUAAUUUUGAAAUUUUAAAAAACAAUUUUUGAUAUUAAUGUAAUAAUAAGCGGGUAACUACUAUUUAAGAAAGGGUUUGAAAAUGAGUCCUUUAAUUUCGCGAAGCGUGUGUCUUGGAUUUGCGAGACAGUGAGAAAAGAGAGUACACGCGAGUACCCCGGUGUAAGUAAGUCUUCUCUAUCAUUGAUAUUGAUUAUCAAGGAGUCGCUAACGUGCGUUCAGAGGAUACUUAUAAUUAUACAAAUAAUAAUUAUACAAAAAUGAUAUUUAAUAUUAUAUAUGUAUGUAUCUAUGCAUAUAUUUUAUACAAAUGCAUAUUUUAUAUAUAUAUAUAUAUAUAUAUAUAUAUGUAUGUAUAUAUAUAUAUAUAUAAAAUGCGCAAACAAUUGCAUAAAUAAGUGCACGCCAUUAACAAUUAAUGAACACUUAAUUACAUGACGAUUAUUAAAUAUUAGAUUCGUUGGAGAACCGAGAAUUACGUGCCUAACGACAUACCUCAAUUUAGUUUUGUUUUACUUCCCCUCAGUGCGUUUGUAAAUUGAGAUUGCGGUUAACUUCUUGAGUGCAGUUGCCAAUAUUCAUACGAAACUUUAUGUAAACAUAUAUAGAAAAAAAGCAUGGAAAUGCCAAAGAAAACUGCGAGAAAACAUAACGUAACGUAUCCUGUAAUAUUCUAUAUUUUAUAAUAAUUGUUAGAAAUUGAGAAAAUUCUAUAUGUUCAAAUUCUAUUUUUUUAGAAUUACUUAAUAUUUUCAAGAUGGAAAAAACAAAUUUUAUUUUGAAUAUAUUCUUUCCUUAUAAUGCCCGCGAUAUACUUUUCCUACAAAUCUAUUUCUAUCUUUUAUCUUGAAAUAAUUUUGAAUCACUUGAGAUUCCUUCAUAUAAUUUCAUUUUUUAAUAAUUUGACAAACACACUUUGGGCUACGCUUAUAAGAUGAUUUCUUACGUAAUGGAAGUUAGUCUGAUCGUUAGCGAAGUGCUAUAAUUAUUAAUUAAUUAAUGAAGAAAAACGCUUAUACAAAUACGCGGACUAAACUUUUCCUCUUCGGAGUGUUGCUACAGAUUAAAUAAUACAGAUAAAAUAAUUCUUGAUAUACAUGGUUUUACGGAAUCCGAGAAACUUUUCCAACGCUUCGCGAAUAGAGCAAAGCGGGACAAAGUCUACCGCGUUUCCCCCACCUCCUCUCUUUUCCCUCAAUAGUAUAUGGAAUUUACGAAAUCAUGUAAAAUCCAAGUAUGACUUCCGAUCUUUAAAUCACAAAAGAGAGAACGUAUGGCAGUUAUGCCAGUAUCACACAAAAGCGUGUAUGGUGCUAGAAAUAUUACCUUCUUUUUAUAGAAUUUUUAUCAAGUUGCCAGAACAGAGUAUUUAAUAGUUUAAUGUGCCCUUAGGGGAACAAUAAAUUUCUAUAUAUCUAUAUCUAUAUUUAAUAAGUUUAAUGUGUAUUAAAUGUCAUUGGAAGAUAUUUUAUUUUGAAAUUAGGAACGUAACAUUGUUAAGCUAAUGUUUCAUAGCCGACGACGUUAAGAACUUCGUUAAAAGCGCCUCGCUAAAUUUACAUUUGUGAUUCUAAAUAGCCGGUUCUGUUAUUAAAAUACUGCCAAUACUAAGAUUCUGGAUAAUGUGGGUUCUAGUAUCUAAAGACUCGUUUAUGUCUUUUUUUCAAUCAAUAAACCAACGAAUUAUUUUUUCUUUUAGGAGAUAAGCGCUGCUUUUUUGAGCAAUAUUAAGUUGCGAAACAAUGAAAAAAAACUGCGUGCCAGAUUUUUACAAGAUCAUUAUUAUAUCUUUUACGUAUUACUCAGUACCUGGCUAUGGUUUUCCAUACAACGUGGCUGUUUUUUUCGCAAAUUUUUUUCUGAUUAAUACACUACGCGAACAAGACAGAUAAACGGCCGACAAAAUUUUAUCGUUAUAACCUGAGAAAAAAUUUUAUUCUUUAAAUAAAAGUGUCUUCAACUAAAAAAAAAAA